CCAUACAGAACGGUGUGAGAGGCACAGAGACAAAAGGAAAAACUAACAUAUAAUUAAAAGACUGUGUUGGGUUAAAAAAAAUCAGUUGUCCAAGUACUGCAUGGUGGUAACAAUAUUGCAUAAUGAGGCAAUUCUUGAGUACAGGACAUUAAUGAGGGUUUUUAGUGCACUCAUUCAAAGCUCGGUAUGAGUCGAUGAUGAUGGGAUGAGACAGCCAAAAAAGCUUUGGUUUUAAAGCUCAUGAAACAAAACAAAUGUCCAGGACAAGGGCGGUAGUUGUUUCUCUCAGGACACCAUUAAGAAUGUCCAGAGGAAGGGAACCGAAAUGGGCAUCAAAGUCAUGCUGUAUAAAUAUUGAAGGCCCUGGCAUUGGUUAGUCUAGAGAAGAGAAAAUACAUAGAAGGCUUCAUCUUCAAGUACUUGAAAAGUCACAUUGUGGAAAGAGAUUCUACUUGUUCUACUUGGCAUUAGAGGGCAGAAUUAGGAAGAGACAGGUGGAAACUUCAGGGAGACGUACUUUGGAGCGAUGUAAGGAAAGACUUCUUGACACAAUUGUCCUUUAAUAGGAGAGUUGGCCUGGCUAGGUGGUUUAAGUUUACUACCCCUGAUGGUGUUCAAGUGCAAGGACCCCUUGUUGGUGCUGUUAUAUGGAAGAUUCCUGCUUCAGAUAAAGGUGCCCUCUGAUUCUUUGAUGAAAAGGACAGAGAAAGAAAAUAGCAUGUCAUAGUUGCCGUUUAUAUAGCUGCUUUCAGGUUUACAAAGCACUUUUCAUCCAUCAUCUCAUUUGAUCCUCCCCACAGCAUACACAGAUAAAUGCUACUGUUAUUUUAUAUACGAGGAAAUCGGCUUCUGAAUGGCUGAGACAGGAUUCAAAUCCUUGAUUCUGACUCUGAUGACAUUCUACCACUAUACUAUGCGAAGGCCAUAGAGAAGGCCGAUGGCUUGGCUUUAAAGGCGUUGGGAUUUAUGGGGAGAUGGAGGACCCCCAGUGACCAGGUCUCUGUCCACUGCAGUUUUUCUAGGUCUCGGUCAGGUCGUCCUGGUUUCUCUCGGCCGCUGGUGUAUUCUCUGCGCAGGGAGCGGCUACGGGACUGGCGGAAGGCUGGCAGGAUCAUCCGAAAGGCCUGAGGGACCCCUCCCCCAGUGUUUCCAAGAACCUGCAAGUAGCUUUCCUGGGCCUGAAGGAGGAGGAUGAGGCCCGGAGCCCAACAGGAAGGCCAUUCAUGUGGAGUAUGAGCUUCCCCAGAGAAUGAGACCCUGCUCCAUUAAGGAAGCAGAGACAAUAUCCCCUUCCCCAAUUCCCCAUCACCCACCCCAGGGCUGGUAUUCAUUGGUCUUUGCAAAGCAAGAACUCUGUACCUUCAUGGAAAGGCCUAAGCACCUGUUAUUUCCUGGAGUUAGUGUUUAGGGGGGACAACUGGGACCAGGAGAGGAAGGAGGCUGACUUAGUGAAGGGAGUGGAGAGACCUGGGACUGUACUGUGUUGAACUAGGAAGGGCAAGGGCAGGGAAAGUGAGGGAUGGAGAAAAGAAGGCUCUGAUGUGCUUCCCAUCCUGAGUCCCAAUUUGGAAAUUUCCCAGCUCAAAGAGAUAGAGAAGAUGGGCCUUCCUUCUCCCCCUCCCAACCUCCCCUUGCCUCAGGUCAAGAUCUGCAAAUUUCUAGAUUCUAGAUCUUGAUCCUGGGAGUAACCUUGGGAAAUGAACUGAAAAAGACUGGAAGGAGUGUUCAAUGCAAAGAAAGGAAGAGAUGGGGUUUAGAUGGGACUUAGGGCCCAGGCUCUUCUCUUCUGUAAGGAAUGGAGGUAAACUAGAUCAAGGCCCUGCCCCCAGGGAGAUCACUAGUGUUGGGAAGCACAGACUUUCAUGUAAAAAAAGGGAACACCACUGGAGAGUGUAUAUUCAUGCAGCAAGGAGUUGUAUACCCCUGGUUCUCACAUAUCUGUCGCACUAUAAACUAUUAUAUAAAGUGUAGUAAAGGGGACUAUUUAUGAGCACAGGUAUUGGACCCAGCCCCAAAACUGAGGGUUAAGAUUUGGAGAUCCUUUUCUCAGGAUCUUCCCUGUUCCCAGUCUCUUCUCCCUAUCUCAUGGAUUGAUCUAAUUUAAAGGGCUGAUCAUUGGCUCUUUCCUACUUUCACUUCCCCCUGCCCCACAAAAAACACCUUUCAGUGGUUCCUCUUUGCAUACAAGGUGAAGUCUGAACUUUACCUCGCCUUAGGCUUUCCAUUCUUUAGCCUCUAGCUCACAUCUGCAACCAUAUCAUUUAACUACCUGAUCCUCCCGCCAAAUCUAGCUCCUCACGCUCCUUCCCCUCCCCUAAAACAGCAUGCUGAUUCCUAUCUCUGUACCUUUGUUUUUGUUGCUCCCUCUUCCUGGUCUUUCUUUCCUCAUUAUCUCUCUUGCUUUCCUGCCCCCUUUUCCAAGGUUGAGCUUCAAAGCUUAGCUCAUCUACACUUCCGAAUCUCCUUUGAGCACUUUGCCUUGGCUUUUAAAGUUCUUUACAACCUGACCCCCAUCCUACCUUUCUAGUUGUAUUAUACAUUUUUUCCCCUCUGCACAAACUGGACUUUCUUUUCCUAGAAUGUAUUCCACUACCAACAUUAUCUUUUUUCCAUCUCUGCUUUUCUUCAAGACUCAGACCCAGCGCUGAUCCCCACUAUCCCUUCUGAAUGAGGUCUUUCCUAGUCUCCCUCAUACAGCUACUAGCACCUUCUCCAGCCUUCCACAGUCUUCAUGUAUCUGUUUUGUCUGUACAUAUAUAGAGGGGCAUUUUGUCUCCCCCAUUAGCAUGAAAACUUAAAGGCAACUGAUUUCCUUUUGUCAUUCUAUCCCUAGAACCUAAUGCUAUGCCUGGACCAUAAUAAGUGCUUAACUAGUGUUGGCAGAUUGCUUGGCUAAAUUCAACAAACAUUUAUAGUAUUAACAAUGUUCUAGGCCCUGGAAGUACAGAUAAAAUAUGGACCCUGCUGGUGAGGAACUAACAACAACAAUAAGAGCUAGCAUUUACAUAGCACUUCAAAGUUUUUAAAGCACUUUCAAAGUAUUAUCUCAUUUAAGCCUCACAAUGCCCCAUGGUUUCCAUUGUAUAGAUGAGGAAACUGAGGCAGUCAAAGGUUGUGACUUGCUCAGGCUCACACAACUAAUAAGUGUUUUAUUUAGGUAGGAUUUGAACUCAAGGCUUCUUGUCUACAAGUCCAACACUCUAUCCACUGUUUGACCUACUUGUCUUGUAAUAAAAUACAGAGAAAGACAUAUGCAUAUAUAAUUCGGAUAUAAAGGAAAGUGAAAUGUCAGGAUAAAGUGCCAAAGAAAUUUGAGAAAGGAAUCUCCUUUAGAAGGGGUUGAUCUUUGGGAAAGAUUUUAUGGAGUGUGUGAAAUUUGAUUUGGGCUCUGAAAGAAGGAAAAGACUUCAGAUCAAGAGUAAGGAGUCAGGGGGGAAGGCUUCUUCCCCAAUUUGGGGAGAGAAUGAAAAAAAGAUGCAGAGAUGGGAAAGGAAAAGAUAAGGAAAGAGAAAGCGAAAAGUGUCCCAUUUGGUGAAAUUUAGAACAUCUGAAAGGAAGCAGCAUUAAAAGAAGGCUGGAAAGGUAGGUAGGAGUCAGACUUGGAAGGUCCUCAUUUGUCACGAUCAGGAGUCUGUACUUCACUUGUUUGGCAAUGAAGAGCCAUUGAAAGUUUUUGAGUAAUGACAGGAUCAAAGUGUUAGGAAGAUUAUUGGGGGCAGCAAUGUGUAAGAUGGUAUGUCAGGUACAACAGUUUACAGAAGUCCAAGCAAGAACUGAAGGACUGGAUUGAGGUGGGGGCAAUGGAAAUGAGGGGGUGGUUGUGACAGCUGAAGUGCUUCCUCGAUCACAGAACUCUGGAACCUUAUUGUCUGUCCUGCUUACUGUGACUUUUCCAGGCUCAUCCAGAUGAUACUUUUCUUUGGAUUUGAACUCAGCUCUUCCUGCCUCCAAGUCCAGCACUCUAUCAAACUGUUGUCUGUGCUGCUUAUUGGGUACCUAGCACCAUAACCUUUUGUUCCCCCCCCCCCCCGACCCCCCAUGUGUUUAUGCCUUUUUACCUUAACCAGAUUCAAGGGCAGAAAUCAUCUUCUAUCUGUAUGUGUCCCUGCUGCCUAACCCUAACCCUAAAUGUCUCAUAGUUCCUGGAGUUUGAUAAACAGUGAGGAAACAUUUCUGGCACAGUUAAGUCUACUUUUCAGAUGCUGAGUCUAGCUGGCUUGAGAUGUUAGGGUGGGAAGGGCAAGAUGGUGCUAGAGAAGGAAACAGCUGCUGCUUUAAGCAAGAGGAGUCACUAGUUAUGUAUUAUCAGCAGUGUCCAGGAUGGGGUGGAUGGGGUAGAAUGGGGGGGGGGGGUGAUAACAGCUAGCAGACUAAUAUAUAAACAGACUGAUGGAAUGAAUUCAAGAACAAUCAUCAGCCAAUUUAUAGAAAAAAUUCCCUUUGGGAAUUAAUAAUGGAGCCCCCUUCUUCAGCUGCUGGAGCUCCAUGUCCAUGUUACCCUACCCUAUCAUUCAUAACAGGAAUUAAUAAUAGUGAUAUAAUUAUAUCUCACUUUAAGUUUGCAAAGCAUUUGACAAAUGUUAUUUCAUUUUAUCAUCCACAAUAGCCCUGGGACAUAGGUGCUAUUAUUGUACCCAUUUAACAGAUGGGGAAACUGAGAAGAUAGGAGUUAAGUACCUGAGGAUCCCUUUGCACUCAGGUCUAUCUAAUUCAAAAUCCAUCGUUCUACCUACGCUGAAUCAUGCAGCUGCCUUCUGCCUGUGAUUUUCAGGCAAAAGGAUGAAAGAGAAUAUCCUUGUGGACUUGGUGGAGAUAGAACCCUAGCUGAGAUUUAGUAUCCAAGGCAGUAGAAAUAAAAAGGGGACAUUUUAUAUAGGAGACAGGGCAUGAAGAAACAGGAACACAUAGGGUAUGUUUGGGGAGGGUGCAAUGAAGGAAAAUCCUGAAGUAGAGGGUUUGUAUUAGAAAGUAGCAGGAGAUAUCUGAUGAGGUAGAAACCUGAUUAUGGGGGCCUUGAAUGCCAGGCUGGAGAAUUAACAUAUGAUCUAAUAGAGAAUAAGGAGUUUGCUGAAUUACAGGAAGACCAGUCUGCCAAUGAGAAGCAGGGUGACUUAGUGGACAGAGGCAGGAAGAGCUGGACCCCAGCCCUGUUCUAACAACUAGUGGCUAUGUGCCCCAGGACAGAUCACCACCUCUCUCCCUGAAUUGCAGGGCAGCCACUGACCACAUAGGCAGAGGGUUUCUUCCCUAGGGCUCAGAGUCUUAGAAUCAGAAAGAAGGCUGGUUAAAAAAACCUAAAACCCAUCAGCCUAAGCAGGAUGAAGUGGGGAGGCUGUGGAGGCUGCAGUCUGGGUGAAGGCCGAAGUGGUCCUGGUUGGGAAUGGACAUAGAGAGGAGGGAAGUAGAGAGAAAGCAGAGAGGGAACUUGGUAACCCAGGAGAGGGAGGAGGAUGAAGGGUGAGACCGGCUUCUCCAUCUGGAAGGGCUGGGAACAAGGAAGUGGGAAGAGCCAUACAGCUGGCAGGGGGAAAGGUCAUGACUGUCUUUGAGUUCCAGGUGAUGAUGGAGAUGUUCCAGAACCAGCUAGCCCUGUGGGGCUCAAGUCCUGAUACGAUUGUGAUGACAUCUAGAGCAGCUCAUUGUGAAAUUCCCAGAGGAGGGUCAGGGCCUUCCGACUCGCAAUACCAUGGUGUCCAGAGGUAGGUGGAGACCCUCACAGGCUCUGGGACCUGAUGUCAUCAGGACCGGUUGGGCAGGUGUCUUGGUCUUGGGUCCUGGCUGGAGGUCUCCUGAAGCCCAUCUCCCCUGAUGCCCCUGUGUACAGCCCCCUGACCUUUCCCCCCAGAGCGCUCUCCUCCCUCUCCGAGACGGCCUGGGAGCCCCCAGCCCAGGGAGGCUUUGGCAUUUCCUGCUUCCUGAACAGCUGGAACGACUGGCCUCUUGGGAGGAAGGCAGAGCAGAGGGCCAGGGCGCCCUGGGGUGGCUGGCUCCGGGCCUGACACUGAUCACACAAGGAAAAGCGACCUGAAUGGUGUAUCAUCGAGAGCGAUGGAAGGAGGUCAGCCGAGCCCCCGACCUUCCCAGGUUCCCUCAGGGGGCAUGGUCUCCUCCCAGGUGAGGGCUGUCAUUCGCCUGCAUAGAAAAUUCCGAGUUCUUCGCAGGAGCCGCACGCGAGCCAACCUUCCUGGGGAACCCCCCCUGGCUCUGACCCCGUCCCCCUCACAGCUGCUUCAGAGACAGAUCUCUUUCGACCGGGCCAAGUUGAGCAGCACCCCCGCGUCCCACUUCCACCACCGCGUCAACUUUGAGAAACCCCAGUAUUUCACCUUUGAGGCCCCGGUGGAAUCCACCUUACGGAAGAAGAAGCGCCGUAAAUCCCGGGUUGUGUUGUACCCAGAGAGUUCUCGGAAGUACCUCCCCACCGAGCAGAAGAGCAAGGCCAAACGCUGCCUGCUGCUGCUGGUGGCCAUCGUCUGCUUUCAGAUCCUCAACGCCAUCGAGAACCUUGAUGACAACCUGCAGAAGUACGACCUUGACGGGCUAGAGAAAGCUCUGCAGCGGGGAGUGUUUGGCCAGAAGGCCGCCACGGACAGCAUCAUGGAACUUCUGCGGGAUUAUCUGGCCACGCACAUCCACAGCCAGCCCCUGGUCAUCUCAUUCAACGGCCCGAGCGGCGUGGGCAAGAGCCACGUGGGCCGGCUGCUGGCCAAACACUUCCGCUCGGUGAUGGACGGGGACUUUGUGCUGCAGUACUACGUGAUGCAUCACUGCCCGGACCACCAGGAGGGCCCCGCCUGCCAGCAGGACCUGUCGGAGCGGAUCACCGACAUGGUGACCCGGGCUGAAGUCGAGGAGAAGAUCCCUGUGUUCAUUCUGGACGAGGUAGAGUUCAUGUCCCCGGCCCUGCUGGACACUCUGCACAGCUUCCUCCAGCCCCAGCAGUCCAACGAGUUCCUCAACGCCGUCUAUGUGCUCAUCAGCAGCAUCGGGGGCAGCGAGGUCACGCGCUUCGUGCUGCAGAACGUCUCCAGCCAGCUGAGCCCCCAGCGCCGCAGGGAGGAGCUCAGCCAGGCCGUGCACAGCCUCCUGGCGGGCACCCACCCGCUCUGGGAGGCGGCCGAGGUGGUCCCCUUCGUGCUGCUGGACAAGUGGGACAUCAUGAACUGCUUCCUGGACGAGAUGGUCGGGGAGGGCUUCUACCCCAACCAGAGCCGCAUCGAGAGCCUGGCCGGGCAGCUCAGCUACUACAGCACCACGGAAGGGGAGUUUGCUGUCACGGGCUGCAAGCAGGUAGUGGCCAAGGUCAACCUGCUGUAGGGGACCCUGCUCUUCCCUCACCUCCCCUCUGUCCUCUCCGUUGUCCUGUGAACUUUGAACACGGCCAGGACCCGGCACUGAAGGGCUCAGAGGGCCCCUAUCUUCCUCCAGGCUGUCCCAUUUCCUGCCUUGCCCAUGUGGUUCCUGGCUUGGACGGUGUCCCCAGGCUAAUCCUUAGGAAUACUGCCUCUUGGGGUGUGGGGGAGCCCAAAGUGCUGCUUGUAGGAGGAAGGCCAAGGCCUCUAUUUAUACACAGAACUUUAUAGCUGCUUUCUUGAAGAUUUUCUCCUAGGCUGGGGCAGCAGCCAUCUGGAUUGCUGGCUUUUCUGCAAAGGCGAGACACAUGAAGGAGCUUCAGGAGCUGAGGGAAGGGCUGGUGCUGGAGGCUGCAGGUCAGACUUGGGGAACUCUUCCCUACACUCCCCUAACUCCUCGCCUCCCAAGACUGAUGUUCAACUCCUGCUUGAUCACAGUGCCAGAUGUUCUGCCCCAUAGAACACCAGUCCAGGUGGGGUCAUGGAAGAAGAGAUGCUUCCUGAAAGCCGAGACUCUGAGGGGGGCAUUUGUCAGGAUUCUUCCAUGGCCUUCAAGAUACCUAAUAAAUGUCUGCCUGGUUGGUUAUCUGCUUAAUUAGUGUUAAUGAUACACGUGGGUUCGAACCUUCAUCUUGUUUCCCCCAACCACAAACUGUGAUGUAACCCCAGCUACAAACUGAUCUGAUCCAGCCAAAGACCUGUAAACCUGGUCCACAGGUUAAUAGGAAGCCCUAUGACGCCAGACUGAUUUGUAGUUUCAGCCAUAGACUAACCUUAACUUCAGAUUGCAUCCCUCUGGGGUCACAGACUGGACCCUGACCCUAACUAAUCACCUUGGAAGAUGUGAAUGUCAGAGAAUAGCCCAUCCCCUCCCUCCCUGAUGGGAGUCAGUAGUAGUAAGGUCAUCUUCGAUAGCCAAGGGUCAGUAUGUGAUUCAAGGUAGGUAUGGCAGCCUUGAACAGUUACAAUACUGGACUCACAUCAUGUUUCUAGUUGUCCCUUCCACCCUCACAGAAGAAGGUUAUGUUGAUCCACAUUCAGGCAGUUGAUCAACAAGCUUUUAUGAAUCAUUAUGAGUCAGAUUCUGUACUAAGUUGGGAAUAUAAAGAAAAGUAAAAACAGGAUCCCAGCCUUCAAGGAGCUGAAAUUCUAAUACGGGAGACAACAUGCAAAUUAGCUUAUGUAUUUGCCUUCUACUGGAAAUUUUCCUCAGCCCCUUUUAAUUCUAAUCCUUCUAAUUUUUUUACUUUUUAUCCUGCAUAUAGUUUAUUCUGUAUAUAUUUCUUUGCAUGUUGUCGUCCCAUUAGAUUGUAAACUCUUUGAGGCAGAAACUGUCUUUUGCCUCUUUUUGUAUCCCCAGAGCUUAGCAUUGUGUGUUGCUGUACAUAGGUACUUAAUAAAUGUUUAUUUAUUAGUUUAUUGA